UUAAAAUGGAUUUCGACGAAUUAUUAAUUGAGGAAGUUCGGAAGCGUCCAAUUAUUUAUAAUUUGGAGUUGGAGGAUUAUAAGAAUAUCAAAAAGAAGGAAGCUGCAUGGAGGGAGGUAGCAAUUAGUGCACAAUUAGACGAGGUACAGUGCAAGAAGCGAUGGAAGGGACUGCGCGAUUGCUACAAACGCUGCAAAAGGGCAGAGCAGGUUGCGUCGGGAAGCGGUGCUACAUCUCCAAAAACUAAAUGGCGGCACAAAGAAGCUAUGUCAUUUUUAGAGGGUGUUAAGAGCACAAGAACAACGAUUGGAAGCUUGCCCAAGGACUUCGAAGAAUGUAACACAUCCACAUACACAGAUGUGGACGAAGAGAGCACCGCAAUCUCUGAAACCCCAUCGUCCAGUUCACGGAGAAGAAAGGAAGACGAUAAAAACAAGUUCCAUGAGUUUCUUGAAUUAGCGGCGUCAAAUAUAUCCCAUGUUUGCUCUGAGUUCAGUUCAGAGAGGCAGGAGCAAGACAGCACUGCUCUACACUUUUUAAGUUUAUCGAAAAAAUUAAGGAAGCUGGUUUGCCAACAAAUAUUGUAAACCGGAUUGAAGCCAGAGUGUCGAGUCUGGUCUUUUCGGAGAUCCAAUCGCACUUGGAAACAAUAGAAGCAGAAUUCUAUUACGAAGGAGAUUAAAAUGCAGCCCAUUGGAUAUUUGCGCAGUGAACACACAUAGUUUUAGGAGUUUAAUGAAAUGUGCCUUAUAAAAUUUUAAGUUAUUUAUUCCACAAUGUUUUAUUUUACAUGUAUUUGCACAUGGAUGCAGCAUGUUGUAAUAAGUACAUG